CUAGAGAAGGUUGUAAAAUUGUGCAGAGUUGAAUACUUCCAUUAAGGCACUGUACCAAGUGACUCACUCAUCAAGUGAACAUUGCACAGUGAGGCUGAAAAAUGUCUUAUCCUCAGUUCGGCAACAAACAACAAGAUAUUAACUAUGCACAACCCAUUCCAACUGCUCCCCCACCUGCCCAGUGGAAUGUUCCUCCAGAUGUCCCUGGAUAUAAUCUAUCUCCUAACCAUCAGAUGUGGAAUGCCCCUACUGCACAACAGUGGAACCCCCCUGCUCCUCAGCAAUGGAACAAUCCAGCAAUUACUGGUAUACCUCCAGUGACCCAGUCAGCUACGUUCCAUCAAGAAUUUCUGAUGGGUAAACCAAAAGCCCUGGGGAUUAUCCUGAUCGUUGUUGGCAUCAUACACAUUGGCAUGGGUAUUGGUCAUUUGUACACAGCAUCCUUAACUGCAAAGCUCAGUGGAAUCUCAUUCUGGGGAGCUAUUUUUAACAUCAUUGCAGGGUCUUUGUCAGUGGCAGCUGUGUCCAAGCCUUCCAUGUGUCUGAUACAAGGCUCCCUGGGCUUGAGUAUUAUAAUAUCAAUUUUCUCUGUUGUUGGAGUGAUACUGCAUAUUGUGGACUAUUUUGUUUAUUAUUAUUGCGAUGGAUAUUAUUAUGUCAACGAUUACUGUAAUGGUUUAAUUGUUGGAGGCCAUGUUCUCCGUGGAAUUUUCAUUCUUACAUAUCUGCUGCAGUUUUCCGUUUCCGUUAUUCUUUCUGUGUUUGCCUGUCGGGCCCAAGCGCACUCAAAUUCAAGCUCUCCUUCUCAGGUAAUUGUGUUACAGAACGGUGCUCAAGUUUUGCAACCACCUGCAGCUCCUGGAUCUUAUUCUACCUACCUUCAACAACCACCCCCUUACAUGACAUAAAACAUAAAGUGGGAUGGGUGGUGGACCAACAGCAUAAUAGAGUCCCUCAUCUUAAAGAGACAUGACUUUCUUUUAAUCUUUUGUUUCACUACCCCUUCUCCCUCAUAUCAGAUUAGUAAUUUAUUUAAAUGUUGCCUAUUUGUAAAGUUUGUAAAGGAAAUAAGUUACUGUGGACUUGCAGCACUAAGAAAAUACUGGCAAAACCAAAAUUCAAAUACUGAAAAUAGAAUUAAAAAAGAUAAUAAUCUUUUUUUAUAAUGACCGUUAUGUGGUAAAAUCUCUUAUAGCUAGAGAAGAAAUGUAUGUCUAUAUUGCAUUUACUUUUUAACAUUUGCAUUUAAUAAAAACAAUCAUUUGUUUUAUCUUAA